AUUGAAAGACCAGCAUUUCUAUUCUGCUCCACGUGUCUAACAUUCUGUGAAAUAUAUUUGUGUGAUGGACAGGCGCAGGGCGGACUUCGUGAUGCUGGGUGGAAUGCUGGCAGGUCACUCUGAGAGUGGUGGUGAGACCAUCGAGAAAAACGGCAAAAAGUACAAACUGUUCUACGGCAUGAGCUCCGACACGGCCAUGAAGAAGCACUUAGGAGGAGUAGCAGAAUACAGGGCAUCUGAGGGGAAGACAGUGGAGGUGGCCUAUAAAGGGCCAGUGGAGGUCACUGUGAAGGACGUACUGGGUGGAGUUCACUCCACCUGCACCUACGUGGGAGCCGCUAAGCUGAAGGAGCUGAGUCGCCGUACAACUUUCAUUAGAGUGACUCAACAACUAAACACUGUGUUUGGGAGCAACGACUAAGACUGAAUGCUGGUGUGGUCUGACAGAUUUAGUGCAUUAGUUAAACUAAAGAGCUAAACGAUGUCAGAUACAUGUCAGGUUUUAGAAUCUAUACGUCUUUUGUCUGACAAUCCCUCACAUCAUGCACACAGAAUCACACAGUGACAAACCUUUACCCAUAGUAGUGUUUUGGUUGUGACUAUCAGGGCUAAGAGAAAUUCACCUGCAUAGCUUUCACAUAAAUAAACUCUUCAGAUUAACUUAAAAAUCUUUUGAGAAUGUCAACAUUUUAUCUUUACUAGUAGUGUUCCUUUAAUUUCAUUUACUGGGAAACAUUUAAAAUAGAAACGUAUAUAUAGUGAAGCACUCAGUGACUUCUAUAACUGCUGUUACUUCAUUGACACUGUGUCUUAAAGCCAAAUCCUGUUAAAAAGCCUUGUGAUUUAUUCCAUUUAUUGUAGUAACAAUUUUAUUAAAUGUACUUUUAUUAUUGACCUAAUGUACAUAGGUCAGGUUUUAAUUAAUUAUCAGUAGUGUUUUCUGGUUUUCUACAAAAUGGACCAAAUCUCCGACAGCACUUGUUACCAUUCCACAUUUAUUUUAAUUACUUUUGUCCUCUAUGCACUGAUGAAUAAAGGAGAUGACAGUCCUCUUGGCUCUGCAGUGA